AGCGCGCCGUCUCACCGCCUCGCAAGCCGACUCGAACACGAUGGUUAAGGAGCGCGAUGACCUCGUCUACCUGGCCAAGCUCGCGGAGCAGGCCGAGCGCUUCGACGAGAUGGUCGAGCACAUGAAGACCGUCGCGGGCUACUCGGAGGAGCUCUCCGUCGAGGAGCGGAACCUGCUCUCGGUCGCGUACAAGAACGUCAUCGGCUCCCGCCGCGCGUCGUGGCGCGUGAUCUCUUCUAUCGAGGCGAAGAGCGACUCGGAGAAGACCGCGAUGAUCACGUCCUACAAGAAGAAGAUCGAGACGGAGCUCGAGACCAUCUGCGCGGACAUCCUCAAGAUCAUCGCGACGCAGCUCAUCCCCAACUCCGUCGGCGACGAGGGCAAGGUCUUCUACUACAAGAUGAAGGGCGACUACCACCGCUACCUCGCCGAGUUCCAGGCCAGCGAGGUCCGGAACAAGUCGUCGUCCGACGCGCUCGACGCGUACCAGGAGGCGUCGCGCAUCGCGAACAAGGACCUGCCCCCGACGCACCCCAUCCGCCUCGGCCUCGCCCUCAACUUCUCCGUCUUCUACUACGAGAUCCUCAACUCGCCGGACCGCGCGUGCCACAUCGCGAAGCAGGCCUUCGACGACGCGAUCGCCGAGCUCGACACGCUCUCCGAGGAGUCCUACAAGGACUCGACGCUCAUCAUGCAGCUCCUCCGCGACAACCUCACGCUCUGGACGUCCGACAACGCCGUCGACGUCGAGGCGAGCAACGCCGAGGGCGGCGGCCAGGUCGGCGACGUCUGAGCGCCGCGACCCGCGAGGACCGCGUCGCGGGCCCCGGCUCCGGGGAGCUUCUCGGCCUCUCGCCCCACCCCAAUAACCGACCAUCCAGGAAG